AUAUUAAGGAGGGAGUAAUUAUGUAAAGGAACAAAUAAAUUGCACAAGAUAAGAAGUAUAACCCUAGUUCUUCUUAUUCCAGCAUUUCUAUUCUAUGGCAGUUGAUCCGAAAACAAUCGCAGCGCCCGGGUGUAUCUCUACCCCUGCCGGUCGACUGUUGAGUGUUGAGUGUUGAGCUUCUCUCUUGUCACCUUCAUCUUUCCCAGCCACCAUUCCGCAAGGAAAAGCCUCCCAAAACCAGUCAACUAUCCGCAACCACGCAGUACAACCAUCAUCAACGGAUGCGUGCUUAGAUCCCUGUCUUAUGCAGACGCAUUUCUGACGCGGUCCAGGCAUUUGACGUCGUAUCUGGUAAACGGUACUCCACUUGGACUGUCAGAGGCUUUGCCCUACUCGUCUCAUAGUGUCUCAGUGUCUUCCACGCAACUCCCCCUCAGGAAUAUAUGUUUUUGAGAUAGUUGGAGGUUGACAUAAAUAUAAAAAAUGGAGGAAGCAUCUCGCAAUAUUCAGAGUACUACAGCCACACCAAGUACCGCUAAGAUAUCCAUACUAAAAAACAAGUCUGGAUUUUUAAUACCAAAGAACAAGUUGGCAGGGUCUCUCGUUCCUGUCUUUAGAGCAGGUAACAAGGAUGCCAGUCAGUCAGUAAAUGAAGACGUGACUAAGCUGGUGCGGAGAAAAACAAAGUGGGGUACUGAUCUAACACAAGAUGCAACUGUUAGGAAAGGAAGAGCCUUAGCAUAUCAGACUCGCGUGGAUCAAAUCACACAACAACUAAGUUCACAAUCUGCAGAUUGGGACGAGAACCAUGAUGUGUUGUCUACGUCUACUAUAGAGGAUUCUACCCUUGAUGUUGAGAUGCGGAAUUUAGAAGUGUUGGAACUUGAAAAGCGAGAAGCCAUUGGUGAAAUUAUAAAACUUAAUCCUAACUAUAAACCUCCUGCUGGCUACAAACCUGUCCUGAAAGAAGCAAAAAUUCCUAUUCCAAUCAAAGAACAUCCUGGGUACAAUUUCAUAGGCUUGAUCUUUGGAUCCAUGUGUGACACUCAUAAACGUUUGGAAAAGGAAACUGGAGCUAAAGUAAAAGUAUAUGGUAUUAAAGAAGACACUGGACAAAAGGUUGAAGUCAUGCCUGCUAAUGAAAAUGAGACAUGCAGUACAUACAAGGAGAUGUAUGUUCAAGUGUUGGCUGAUACAUAUGAGAAGGCUGAUACAGCGGUGUCAUUAGUCGAACUUCUGGUCACUCCAGUCUCGAUGAAGACAGGUUCUGAAUCCAAGACUAUUUCUAGUAAUGAUGGCAACAUAGCUGCUGAUAAUUCAGGAGGAGUGGUUCAACAGCCAAUCAUAGAGGGGUCUGAUGUUGCUCUCUCACAUGGUCAUUUCCAGCAGGGCCCUUGGUUUCCUGGAAUUCCAUCUCAAAGUACACUACCAGGAUCAAUCCCCUCUACGGAACCUUUGGCAAACCCCUCAAAUACACCACCCUCCCUAUUAAGCCCGCAGGCUAUGGUUGCUAGAUUUGGCUCAGUUCCUCAAAGCCAUCCACUCGCAUUUAUGGCAAGGUCAAAUAUGCCACAUCUACUUUCACAGCAGCCCCUUCCUCCUAUAAAUCCUCUCAGUGCUCCCAAUUCUGCAGCUCUUCAUCGGUCCCAAGUUUUUAGACCUGGUACUGUCCCUAGCCAAUUACAGCCCUUUGCCAAUGCAUGGAACUCGUUAGUUGUUCAAGGCGGUAAUAAUGCAAUGCCAACAAUUUCACCUUUAGCUCCCCCCCAACAAGGAGGAAGUAGCCAUGCGAUGGCCUCUAUAGGACCGUCCCCGCCCCUAGGCUAUCUACACGGCAGUAUGCCUGGUUCUGCUAUUAGCCAGCAGCCUGCUAAUCCUUUGCUUCAAUCUCAAUCCAUAAGCCCUAACAACUCGGUUAAAGGAAGGGCUUUGAACUUUGAUGCCAUUCAUCCUAAUUCCAUGGGUGCUCCAAGGCCACAUCAGCAAUCUGGUUCAAGCGAUUUUAUAUUCCAGCCUCACCGACCAAAUCAAGUUUUUCCAAGGCCUGCUGAUAGUCAAUCUGACCCUCCAACUAAUUUUAUACGACCCCCACAAUUAUUGAAUCAUCCAGGUCAUCCACCUCCUCAGCCUCCAUCCGUUUUUAGACCAGAAAUCCGCAAUUCAAAUCCCUUGCAUGUGAUGCAAGGCUUCCCUGAAAUAAACCGGAUGGUUCAACGACAACCGACGCCUGUUGGAUUUUCUGCAGGUCCUACUGGCCCUUCACCUCCAGCAAUAAGGCCGAUGGCAUUUCCAAAUUCAGGCAGUCAACCUCCAGUUUCCUUCAGUCAGAUGCAGCAUCAGAGGAACUUCAGUCCACUGGCCAACCCUGGUAGUCCAUUUCCUCCACGAACGGGUAGUAUGAUGUUUCAACAGAAUAGUAAUCCAGGAAUGGUGGCUCACCUACCACAUGAGUUCCGUCCAGGUAACCCUGCUUCUGGCACUCCGGGAAUGCAGCAAAGAUAUGAUCCCUUUUCACCAACAUCUCUCUCGUAAGCUGUUUCCCAUAACUAAAGUACAAAAGACACUGUAUGUGGAACAUGUGGCCCGUCUUUUGUUUAGCAAGUUCUAAUUUUGUCAGAUGGAAAAGUGAAGGCAGAUCAGUGCCCCUGCUAUGCACACCCAAUUCACACAUUUAUAUUUGUUAAGAAAUGGGAUACUAGCUGUGCUUGGAGGGUCAAACAGGUGCUUUCCACCGUGGGUGGUUAUACUACUCUAUUUUCUACCUUGGAGUUAAAACUAGCUCCUUACCACCUAAAAAAGCCAUUCCUCUUAAGGAAAGACACAAAACAUGGAAAAGUUUCAUUUAGAUUUGUUACUUAGCUGGAAUACAUCAUACACUCGACAUGGUCGACAAGAGUUUGAUUAGCGGUCUGCAAUAUGACCUUAUUUUGUAAGGGCAAAUUUGAUUGAGAAUGCUGGUAACUUGGGGGAGACUGAAUUUGUUGAGAUCGUGACUGAUAUCUGAGCUUGGAAUUGUUGUAAAGCAUUCUCAAUUCUUCUUUUGCACGUUUUUCAUUGUCGGAUAUCAACUGUUUUUUUUAAUCGUUCGGAUAUCAACUGGUUAAAAUUUAAAAACCCUAGCACAGGUAAAUAAGUUGGUGAUUUAAUAAAUAAAUUGGCUAUUAUAUUAACUAGGUUGUCAGUUAUAUACAUGUAUAUGACUUCAUGUCAAACCAGUACUCAGUAGAAGUUACUAGUUACUACUUGAAGGUUGUUAUACUUGCU